AGGCCCGCGCCGGACCGUGGUCGCCCGUGGGCCCUGAGCCGUGCCGCCUCGGCGGGCCUUGGCGGUGUCGCGUCCCGCCGCGCGGCCUUGUCCCAAAAUGGUGGAGGCUCCUCCGAGAACAUGGCGGCCCGCGGCGGGGCGGCUUUUCCCGGUGGCGGCGGGACCCUCAGCCCCCGGCCGGCUCUGAGCGUGAGUGCAUCUCAGUCCAUGUUGGUCAAGCUGGUGUGCAGAUCGGCAAUGCGUGCUGGGAGCUCUACUGCCUGGAGCAUGGCAUCCAGCCCAAUGGUACCAUGCCAAGUGAUAAAACCAUCGGUGGAGGUGACGAUUCCUUUAACACGUUCUUCAGUGAGACUGGUGCAGGAAAACAUGUCCCUCGUGCUGUGUUUGUGGACCUUGAACCAGCAGUAAUAGAUGAAGUUAGGACUGGGACAUACAAGCAACUCUUUCAUCCUGAACAACUGAUAUCUGGUAAAGAAGAUGCUGCAAAUAACUAUGCUCGAGGUCAUUACACAGUUGGGAAAGAGAUAAUUGAUCUAGUUCUAGAGCGUAUCAGGAAACUGUCUGAUCAAUGCACUGGCCUGCAGGGUUUCCUGAUUUUCCACAGCUUUGGGGGAGGCACUGGCUCGGGGUUUACUUCUCUGCUGAUGGAGCGCCUGUCAGUUGACUAUGGGAAAAAAUCAAAAUUGGAAUUUGCCAUCUACCCUGCACCACAGGUCUCAACAGCUGUUGUUGAGCCGUACAAUUCCAUCCUGACUACCCACACCACUCUGGAGCAUUCCGACUGUGCCUUCAUGGUUGACAAUGAGGCCAUCUAUGACAUUUGCCGUAGGAAUCUGGACAUUGAACGCCCGACCUACACCAAUCUGAAUCGCCUAAUUGGCCAGAUAGUCUCUUCCAUUACUGCGUCUCUCAGAUUCGAUGGUGCCUUAAACGUGGAUCUUACUGAAUUUCAAACUAACUUGGUGCCUUAUCCUCGUAUCCACUUCCCGUUGGUAACAUAUUCCCCAAUUAUUUCGGCAGAGAAGGCCUAUCAUGAGCAGCUGUCUGUGUCCGAGAUAACCAACGCUUGCUUUGAGCCAUCCAAUCAGAUGGUGAAGUGUGACCCUCGCCAUGGCAAGUACAUGGCCUGUUGUAUGCUGUAUCGUGGGGAUGUUGUCCCCAAGGAUGUCAAUGCUGCUAUUGCUGCUAUCAAAACCAAGCGCACAAUCCAGUUUGUGGACUGGUGCCCUACUGGUUUUAAGGUUGGCAUCAAUUACCAGCCACCAACAGUGGUUCCUGGUGGUGACCUAGCCAAAGUCCAGCGGGCAGUAUGCAUGCUGAGCAACACUACAGCCAUUGCUGAGGCAUGGGCUCGUCUAGACCACAAGUUUGAUCUGAUGUAUGCCAAACGUGCCUUUGUUCACUGGUAUGUUGGAGAAGGGAUGGAGGAGGGGGAGUUCUCAGAGGCUCGGGAAGAUUUGGCUGCACUUGAGAAAGAUUAUGAAGAAGUGGGCACAGACUCGAUGGAUGGAGAAGAUGAAGGUGAAGAAUAUUAAACACAACAGAAGUGAAUUGCGAGUCUUUGCCAUUUUACUGCCUCUUCAGUAGCAGUGUAAAUCAUGUUAAAUAAUUGGAAUAAACUUCUUUAAUCAAGACAUUUGGUAGUGUCCAAACACUAUGUACAUGCAUUAACUAUAUGCAAGUAGUCACUAGUCCAGGAGAUAGUAUUUCUUUCUGAGAAAGAUAGCCAAAUAAAAUAAUCUUGCUAUAGUUAGAUGAGUUCUUGUCCUUAACGCAUUGCUAUUUGGAGAGCUAAUAGUGCAUAUUUUCCCCCAGAAUACAAGACUAGAAUGUGCUUGAGCUUUUGCUGGAAGAUUAGUUAGCUAUGUUUUUUCAAGGCUCUAAAGCUGGUGGAGGCAACGGGAACUAACCUUGUAUUACCCUCAAGAAAAGAGGAUAGUACAAAAGGCCAUUUGAGUUAGUCUUUGCCUAUACUUAGGCUUAGUAUGGACCAGUAACUUAGAGAUGCUGUAACCUGGAAGGGGAAGAGAUGUCCAAGCAGGGUGUGCUAUAGCAUGAGGAACCUGCCACUUCUGUCGGGACCUGUGUGGUGGUUGCCUUGGUGUUGCUUUGUCCUCCCACAACAGGAACUGCAGUCCCUGUCUGCUGGAUUUCUGCGGAGUCAGCAUUUUGUCUGAAGCUGUCUGGAGCAAAAUCUCUGGGUUAGCUGGCCAGGGUUCAACACUAGUUUUCCCUAAAACUAAUUCUUUUGCAGAAGACAUGAGUCCAUGGGUUCAGAUAUGCAAAUUACCAUCCUUCUUCUGCCUUCCAUUGUAAACUGAUGUAACAGGAGAAGAUUUGGCUAAUCAGGUUAUCUUCAGAUGUGGACAAGCCUCUGUCAACCUUCUACAUGGCCUGAGUUGGGGCUUCAGGACACAGGGCAGGGAUCCACAAACCACAUAACCUGAGACUAUUUCCAACUCUGUCUUGGAGCUGAGUGAAUCUGAGGAAUUCUGAUUGAAUACUGAAUGUGAUUACAGGAUACCAAAGUCUGACUCGAAGACUAGAUUUGAGUUGGAGAAUUUCAACCUUAUUUAUACUCCUUAUUUAAUAGCAGAGCCUGAUUCAGGCCAAGCCUUGAAGCCUAUGUUAGUAGAUGAAGAUGCAUGUACCUGCUUAGCAGGAGUCUUAGCUGUGGUUUGAAAAAUGCCUUAACUUCCUUCUGUGGGGAAACCUGCAGUCCUCAGGUAAUGCUGCAGUAUUUGACGUGAACUUGUGAAGUGGGAAUCUUUCCCUAACCUCAGUUUUAGCUGUGACUUGGGUGUGCUUAUUCUACUAGAUGGGGGUAUCCCUUUAAAUUUAGAUUAACAAGCUGCUGCUGUUGAUUGAAGGUCUAACAGAAUAGCCUGGUCCCUGGGUGCUGAUCAGUCAUUUGCUUAGGCUGAAAACCUGUUGUCCUGAAUUACUGUGUGUUCUUGCAGCCAUUGUGUUGAGUCAAUCUGAUUUGAAAUUAAUUUAUUGGAGAUGGAAGUUACCGAUUUUUAUAUAGAUGGGGAGAACAAUCAUCAGGCUUUGUAACGUAGAUGAGUGCCUCAGACUGUCUUGUCAGCCGUGGUCUUGUGCAGAAUAUACAGGUGCUGUGUAAAUCAUACCUUCUGCCAUUCAGCAUAGCUGAGCAUGUCUGAAGUUUCAGUGAGUUUCUCAUUUGCUUUUGCUUGUGUUUUUAUGUUCCAGGGUAGGCAUAAGUCCUGUUGACUAACUUAUUUUCCUGCUAACUGGAUGAUUAAGCAAAUGUGCUAGGCAUAACCCAAGAGACAGUCUACAUUCAUUGCAAGUCAGAUCGACUUCAUUUCAGUGCAUGCAUUCCAAUUUUUAAUGUAAUGGCAGUGCCCACAGGAGGAAUAUGCAAAGGACUGUUUCAUGCCUUACAUGUGUCUAGAUCUUUGGUGUGAAAUUUUGUACUGCUAGCAGAUCAUGAAGGGUGCUGUGUGGCCACAAGCACCAGCACCAUGAUUUCCUCUAAAAGUUGUCGAGGGUUGUAUAGGAGUGGAUUUCUGAACUGGCAUUCUAUGUGAUCUUUUAGCAAUGAUUUUGCUGCUCUUUCUGGGAUUCUUAGUUUCAUUGUUUGAGGCUGGCAUGCUCUAUUUCCUGCUGAUGCUGUCUGGGGUUUCUACUGUACAUGUGAAUUACCCUUAUUUAGAACACUGUUGCUUAUGUGAUGGGAAUUGGUUUGUGGUGUGUCAAAAUGUUUUAUCUGGGCAUGUACAAUGAUGAGUCUGUGCAGGACACAGCACUCUAGCAUCCUUGUAAAAGGCUUGUGCAUAUUGAAUGCUGAGUGCUCUGAAAAACCUGGACUGACUAGGGAAUCUCAUUCAAUGUAGGCUUUAGAUUUGGGAUACAUUAUGCUUUUAAUUUUUAAAAAUAACAUGUAAUGCUACUUUGAAGAGAUGGUAAGCUGAAAUGUGGCAAGCAUCCACUGGUGGAAGGUUUGGCAGGAGAUGCUGUCUCUGUUAGCCAUUGGACUGAUGCUUAAAAUACAUUAUACUUUCUUAGCCUACAUCAUACUCAAAUUUUCUUUCUCAGUGUUAAGAAACACUGUUGCAUUAGCUAGUGGGCAGUUAGCUCUGUGUAGGCAUCUGCAUAGUGAGCUAAGAUAGUGUUUUUCUCAGAUAGGAAGCCAAGAUAAUUACAGCAGGAAAAUCCUGCUAAAACUGCUCUUGCUUCAGCUAGCUGCAGAAAUCCUUAAACAUAUUAUAAUUACUAGCUGUAUGGUUAAAUUAACAAAUGGGUGGUUCAUCUGUUUUCUGAAAUGUAGGAGAUCUGUACUGAAUUAAAAUUUGAGUGUUAAGAGAAUACCUGAAACUUGCAGAGGUUAAGAUUAGCUGUCACUGAAAAGCAAAUGUGUUCUUUGCACUCUGUUGAAAGCCUUUCUUUAAUUCUAAACUUCAAAUGCAUGUUUUCUUUGGUAAGAAAUCCCUGCAUGUCUGCUUUGAAAAGUCAGGUGCCUACUUGUACUGGCAUAAGUGCAGGCAUUAUCUAGUGGUAACUAAAUAUAUCUUUACCUAUGUGGUGACACAGCUUUCUCCAGUAUUGAGAUUGGCAAUUAAUAGCUAUCACCUGAUACAGAAUAACUUCUGUGACUCAUUAAGAGGAGGAGGAGGAAGUGAGCUGGAGCCUGUGGCGGAUUGCUGUGAACUUUGUUGUAAAUUGCUGGUCUUAUCUGCAAGAUCUGUUCUAAGAUGAUUCUGGUGCCAUCCCAGGGGGAUGCAGUGCAGCAGAAUCUGAUUUCCACCCACUCUGCCCUCUGAAUAAGCAAUAUGAAUACCUUUUAAUGUGCUAAUGCCUAUAUUAUAUAUAUAAUUAUGUACAUUUCUAAUUUCUAUAGUAAGCAUGCCACAGUGUAAUUGUAUGAUAAAAAUCUCUGCCUGUUUUAGCUUUAUGGAUGGUAUAGGUAACAUAAGCACACAACUGCACAUGCUGCCACCUUCAGCAGUUUGAGCAAACUUUUCUCAAACAAAAUUCAGAAAGGGCUUUUUCUUCAGAUACUUCAAACCCUGUCAGAUGACAUUCACCCUAGCAGCCUGUUGCUGAAAAGCAUGAACUUUUUUAGGAGAUCAUAGCUCUUUGGAGUUUGAAUUGGUGAGGUUAAUUGAAAGUGAGUAAAGAAACAAUAGCGUGACCCAUUAUUCUAGUGGAAAAAGUAGAGGUGACAUUGCAAAUUAUCUGCUCUUGGCAAUGUUUUAGGAAAAUACAAAGCAUUAUCUGAAAAAAAUGGAUAAUAUGACUUGGUAUUGAAGAUUCUCUGCCUUUACCUUCUUUCUGCACACUGUAAUAGUGAGGAGUCAGAACAAUGUCUCAUGGGCAGUUUAGACUGAUUUCCUGUGAAAACUUUGAGGAACUAGUAAAAAAAGCUAAGGGAAUAGCAGUGUCAAUGUAUUACUUUGCCACUAUGCUGCUGUAAAUGUGCAUGUAGCUUUUGAUUGUCCCAAGCCUUCAGUCUUGCUAGGCCUUCUGCUGGCAUACUACUUCCACUCUGGAGAAUUCUCUAAGGCAAGGAAGAUGUCAUUCUGUGCUUGACUCCGCUUUUCAGUCAAAUCUGCACGAACCCUGUAACAGCAGAGAUCUUGACAUCUGAAACAAAGCUGCUAAUGUGCUACCCCAUGCCAUUCUCUUCUGAUGUUUUUAAAUGCCUGUAUUUCUGCCAAAUAAAACUUUGUUUGCCUU